GACAUUAGAUAUCACAGACCUGUACUAUAAGGUCACACAGUCAACAGUCUUAGAGACCUGCACAAGGUCUCACUAAGCAGAUCGUGACCUAAGAAGUAACACGAACUAAGUCUUGCCUACAACAUUCCAGGAUAUGAACUCGGAGAUAUAAAAACAAAUUUGAACAGACGUAGAAUGCGGUUAGGAUUUCUUUCCAGGAUGUGAACUGUUGAUUGCUUAAGGGAAAAAUAACCAGCUCCCACUAAGAUGAGUUCCAGUCCCGUACAAACUAUCUACGUGUUGUCAAGCAGUAACGGUCUUGCUGACCACGUGAGGCGGAAAUUGAAAAACCUCGAUCUGGAUAUAGAGGUGAAGGACAUUCCAGAGAAGGAGAUACACGCUUUAAAAGAUGAUGAAGUUGAAUUUGCUGUGGGGCAGAUACGUCAGUUGGUCGCCAUCUUGUCCAGAGAAACAAAUAAAAUCAAGUGGAUACAGUGUACGUCUGCAGGUGUUGAUCAUAUAUUCAAAAACAUUGACCACAUAAAGCCACAGAAGGAUUUCAUCAUGACCAGGACAGCCAGCCUUGACCGUGGUCAGAUGAUGGGUGAGUACUGCAUCGGGCACAUCAUUGCACGAGAGAGAGGCUUCCAGAUCUGGACUGAGGCUCAGAGGAGGGCAGACUACGACAGAAAAGCUGCUCCAUCGUUCCGCAUGUUAAGGGACUUAACUGUUGGUUUCCUCGGAGUCGGCAGUCUAGGAGGUGAAAUUGCUCGCAUGUGCAGGGCAGUAGGGAUGUCUGUAUGGGCGGGUGUGACAGACAGAAGGUUCGAGUCAGGGACGUCGCCAUCACAGGAGUUCGAUCAUGUCAUACCAAUGUCCAGACUUGAUGAUCUACUAAAACAGUGUGACUAUGUGGUGGCUACAUUACCAUCAACACCAGAGACCAGAGGGCUCUUGUCCGGAGAUGUCCUUCAGGCGUGUAAAGUCAAGCAAACUGUGCUCAUUAACCUUGGACGUGGAGACCUCAUUGAUGACCUCAGUCUUAUCAAAGCCAUCAGCAAUGGCAUGUUGGGUGGAGCUAUACUUGACGUUCUGGACCAGGAGCCACUUCCACCAGAUAAUCCUUUGUGGAGUCUUCCUAAUGUCACAAUAACCCCCCACAUCAGUUGCCAGGCUAAGAACAGUUUAGAUAUUGUGGCUGAGAACUACGUGGACAAUGUCCUGAGAUACCUUCGUGGGGAACGGCUGCAGAACUACGUUGACUUCAACAAAGGUUAUUAACUUAAGACCCUCCCCCCCCCCCCCACCGCUCAAGCAGUCAACUAGCGCCUAGUGACGAUUGGUCGUUUAUCUAGCUUGUUUGUAGGGCUGGUGGUGUUCUGUCUUUCAGCUGAACUUGAAAUAUUAGAAUUAAAUGUGACUUAUACGUAUCCGAGAGAUUUAUACUUCAAGAAAGAGCAAAACUGGACAAAAUGUUUAUUAUCAAAAUAAAAUGCAGCUAUUGCUAUUUUAAUGGUCAUGUUUAUGCGGGUAUAUUGUUAAAUUAUAA